AUGCACGCUAGCAAGUGGUCCGAACUGUUGGAACGGUUUCUGUGGAGCUUUCUACUGGCAUGCGGCACACUAGCGUUACAGUACGAUCCCGGAUCUCCCGGACAGUUUUCAAAAAGUCGUAAACAUGUGUUAUACUGUGUUGCGAUGACAUUUGCCAUCGCUGUUGCCACUCCUGGCGUGAUGGUGUUGAUAUAUCUCCACGGCUACAGUGGAUUUUUUCCCAUGGAAUCUGUGUUAGUUGCAGUGCAACUGUGCCUCCUCUAUCUGUUCAUGAUCGUCGUGAAUGUGAAGAUGCUGCUCAAUGUGGACAUUUUGCGCCGCACGUUCAAUGAAUUGUUCGCGUUGCGAAGCUCCAUCCUGCGGAAGUGGAACUGCGCUGGCCCGAACAGGGAGUACACUCAGCGGCUUAUCUUCAAAAUAGUGUUUGUAGACGUCUUUCUGUUGGCGUUUUCGUUGGUGAUGUUUUACGUCGCCCUGGACGAAGGUCCCAGUAACGGGCAGAUAGCGAUGGGUGUAUGCUUUUCUGUGUUUCGAUACAUUAUCACUGCGUUCGCGAACUUGUAUCUGGUAGGAUUAAUGAUCGCUAUUCAUAUUCAAGGAGCGAUCAAUGCUAAACUGACCAGUUUUGCCGAGAACUCAGACGAGCAGCUUGAAUCAACACUGCACCACGCGUACAUGCUUCAUUGCAAAAAUGUCGACCUGGAAAAGCAGUUUAUGAUCAUCAUGAAUCUUCCGGUGCUGCUGCUAAAUUGUUGGUACUUUUUCAUGAUUGUGUUGUCGGUAUACUACAUGUACACCUCAACGAUGUUAGAAUUGAAGCAGCAAAACCUGGGCAUGGAGGACAUCGUGCAAUAUUUAAACUCUGCGUCGUUUUUCCUGUAUCUGUGUCUCCAGCUGUACUGCAUAGUUGCAGUACCUGCCCAGUUCACCGAACGAUCGAAGAAAAUGUGCUUAACCCUAAACACCGUCGACCACCAAUGCCAGAGCCAAGGCAUGGAAAGAUUGCUGGAGCUAAUUAUGCUGGACUGUAUGCAGCGAAACUACAGCGUUACAAACUUUGGUCUGUACGAGAUGAAUCGCGCACUGUUGUUUGGGAUAAUGGCCACUGUGACGAGUUACGUGAUCAUACUGGUACAAUUCCACAUGCAAGAAUAUGGAUAG